AAAGGGAAAAUUUGCUGCUCGUCGUCCCGCCAAUCGUUCGAGGGGAAUAAAUAGCGCGCGUGAGGCAAGGAUCGUGAGCGCGAUCCUCGGCGAUCCAGCCGACGCCGCGGGUAUCGUACUUGAGGCCGCGAGUGCCGCGGCGGUGACGCCGUCGCCAUGUUUGUUAUAGUUUCGGAGGGAUGAUAAGCGUACGCGACGGCGUCGAGAUUUGAAUGAAACGCGUGUGAUCCCGGUUGCCGUGUACGCCCGUUCGUGCCGGCGUGCGAGCGCGUCGGCCGUCGACGACUCGCCGAACAUGGAUACUUAACAACGCUGUUGAAAUGUGGCUAAGAAGUGAACGAAUUAGUAGAAGAUUGCGCGGCCGUUUAAAUUUAAGCGGUGUAACGGCAUCAAAGGCAACCAGUCGAACGCAAGUUGGUACAGUGCGCAAAGUACCACAUAUUGGGAACAGCAGUCGAGUGAUAACAUCAAGUAGAUGCAACAGAUUGAGUCAGUGGCAACGUAGAUCAUCCAGUUUUCUAAAAGAAGCUUGUAAAGAAAAUGUUUUACAUUUUGCCAAAUCCACACCUAUUAGACGAGAGAGAGGACCUCGUAGAAGAAAAUGCAUAAAACGGUCGAUGGUUACGUCAACUCCUUUGCACCGUGCUCCACCAAUAGAUGCAGUCAUUUCUGCUAAAAACGCAUCGCCAUCUAAAGUUUCGGAAGAAUCUAAGGAAAAUUGGAAUGGCGGAUCCACUUUAUCUCUUUACUCGUCAGUAACGAAUACGGACUCUCAUAGUCCAAUGAUACCGCCGGUACAUGACUUGAAAUCUUCCAUAUCCAGUGUAUCUUCAUUGACCUGUCUAAUGCCUCCGGUAUCCUUAGGAUCACAUUCAGAUCUUACAUGCUUACUAGAUGAUGAAGGAAGCAAAAACAACGAUACUACGCUACCAUCGUCAUUACAUUAUUCCUCUUUAUACGCACAUACUGAAACGUCCACAGAAUACUACAGUUUGAUGCAUUCGACUUCGAUAUAUAACGUCCGUGCAACCACGUACAACACAUCCGACAAAUACUUUCCAAACGGAGGAAAGUGCUCGCUUAUCGAUAACAAUGAAAACCGCAGUGAUCUCUCAAAAGAUCAAUAUGCUAUUGAAACAGACCCAACAAAACAUGAAACAACUGCUGGAUAUCCCAGUACAAAAUACAGUAUACCAGCAAGUACGUACAAUAUAAAUCCUCAUCAUCCAUCCGAUACGAAUGGCAAUCUUAGUGACAAAUAUGAUUCCGAGGACGUCGACAGUCGUUAUCACGAGGUUGAAUACAUGGAGGUGGGUAACGAAGAGAUAGUAGAAUCUUGCGAUGUAGAGAACAUGGUUACUCAAGUUCAAGAGGAUUGGGAGCCGUUUGAUCCUUAUGUCUUCAUCAAGCAUUUGCCGCCGCUUACGCCAGCGAUGAGAGCAAGAUGCCCGGCUCUGCCGCUCAAAACGCGAAGCAGUCCAGAAUUUAGUCUAGUACUAGACUUGGACGAGACAUUGGUUCAUUGCAGUUUGCAAGAAUUAUCCGAUGCAGCGUUUCGCUUCCCAGUAGUCUUUCAGGAUGUAACAUAUACAGUAUUUGUGAGAACGCGACCGUACUUUCGCGAAUUUCUCGAACACGUCUCGUCACUUUACGAAGUGAUUUUGUUCACGGCUAGCAAACGAGUGUAUGCCAACAAGCUGAUGAAUCUGCUAGAUCCAACGAGAAAAUUGAUCAAGUAUCGUCUGUUCAGAGAACACUGUGUCUGCGUUAACGGAAACUAUAUAAAAGAUUUGUCCAUCUUAGGCAGGGAUUUAUCUAAAACCGUAAUUAUCGAUAACAGUCCACAAGCAUUUGGAUAUCAGCUGGAGAAUGGUAUACCUAUAGAAAGUUGGUUUGCCGAUCGUUCGGAUAACGAGUUAAUGAAGUUAUUACCAUUUUUGGAAAAUCUAGUAAACUGGGGAGGCGAUGUAAGGCCGCGCAUUAGAGAACAGUUUCGACUAUUCAGCUUUCUACCACCGGAUUAAUUUAACUAGCAUGCACAAAAUUCAACAUUGUCUGAGAUACUUCUUAGCCAAUAAAGAAAAAUGAAGAUACAAAAAAAUAUCUUAAAGAUACAUUAAAUAGAUAAAUAAUAGUUACUCUCCACAAUGCAUAAAGCGUAAGCUGCUAUAAUAUAAUUAUUUACAAUGUUUCACAAAUGGAUAUGCCUGUUGGUAUAUAGAAAUAUGGAAUUUAAUAAGUCUAGAUCUCUUUGAAAUUAGUAUUUCAAUUCAUUGUCUGAAAGAAAGUAUCUAUAAACGAAAAUGUUGCGUACAUAUGUGCGAUUUUGUUAGUUUAUUUAUUUAGACUUGAAGUCAAGAUAAACAAAUCAAAUCUUGUUUAACAUGAACAUCAGUGAGCAUAAUAUAUUGUGUAUCAUUUUUAUCAGUACUUCCAAAUGAGUAUCAAGUGUCUCUCCAUGACGUGAUUAUAUGACCUCUGUAUAUAAGAUUUAUAUCUUACAAUAUACAAUUGUUUCACAAUUUAUUCUUAUAUUGCAAUAAUUGAAAGUAAUAUCUGUGAGAUUUCUUUUUUUUUUAUCACCAGUGAAAUGUAUGAUCUCAAUUUAUUUAUCUAUCUGAAACAUUUCUACUUUGAAAGUUUUUUUAAUAUAUUCAUGCUAUCAUACGAUUCUCUGAUCUGAUUGUGAAUUACAAUUAUUUAUUAUCAUCACAAAUUUUAAAUAUAUGUCUAGAUUGCAAUUUUUUAUCAUCUUUAUAUGUAUAUAUAUAUAUAUAUAUAUAUAUAUAUAUAUAUAUAUAUAUAUAUAUAUAUAUAUAAAGAUGAUAUAAACACAUCUGUCCAUAAUUACAUAAUUAUAUGUAUCAUAUAAUUAUACACAAUUAUAUGUGCUACAUGAUAAACCUAGUGUAAGGAACAUAGAAUUCAGUAUCAAAACAAGAAUUAGCAGCAUUAUGUAAUGGCGUCGCAAAAAUCUCUCUACGCCUCGUAGUGUGUUUAUCAUAGUUUAAGAUUAUAAUCAUAUUAUGCACAAACACACACAUAAUAAUAAAUAAUAACAGAUUGUUAUUCGUGAAAUCAGUUGGAUCAUGUAUAGCUAAUUUCCCAGAAAACUUUUUUUCUUUUACAUCACAAUUGUGGAACAUCUUUAUUUUGCGUGUUACAAUAAAUUAGCCCUGUAAUAUUUGUUAUAGAAAUAAAUUAACACGAGAUGUAAAUGAGGGUCUUACAA